AUGGGCUCGGGGCGCGUCCCCGGGCUCUGCCUGCUCGUCCUGCUGGUCCACGCGCGCGCCGCCCAGCAUGGCAAAGCUGCGCAAGAUGUAGAUGAGUGUGUGGAGGGCACGGAUCACUGUCACAUUGAUGCCAUCUGCCAGAACACCCCACGGUCAUACAAGUGCAUCUGCAAGUCCGGCUACACGGGGGAUGGCAAGCAUUGCAAAGACGUGGAUGAGUGUGAACGGGAGGACAACGCUGGCUGUGUGCACGACUGUGUCAACAUCCCUGGUAACUACCGGUGCACCUGCUACGACGGGUUCCACCUGGCACACGACGGACACAACUGUCUGGACGUGGAUGAGUGUGCAGAGGGCAAUGGGGGCUGCCAGCAGAGCUGUGUCAACAUGAUGGGCAGCUACGAAUGCCACUGCCGAGAUGGCUUCUUCCUCAGUGACAACCAGCACACCUGUAUCCAGCGGCCAGAAGAAGGAAUGAACUGCAUGAACAAGAACCACGGCUGUGCCCACAUUUGCCGGGAGACUCCGAAGGGGGGCAUUGCCUGUGAAUGCCGCCCUGGCUUCGAGCUCACCAAGAACCAACGGGACUGUAAAUUGACCUGCAACUACGGGAACGGUGGCUGCCAGCACACAUGCGAUGACACAGAGCAGGGUCCUCGGUGCGGCUGCCACGUCAAGUUUGUGCUCCAUACGGACGGAAAGACAUGCAUUGAGACCUGUGCCGUCAACAACGGAGGCUGUGACAGUAAGUGUCACGAUGCAGCAACUGGUGUCCACUGCAGCUGCCCUGUGGGUUUCAUGCUGCAGCCAGACAGAAAGACCUGCAAAGACAUAGACGAGUGCCGCUUACACAACGGGGGCUGUGACCACAUCUGCCGCAACACAGUGGGCAGCUUUGAAUGCAGCUGUAAGAAGGGCUACAAGCUUCUCAUCAACGAGAGGAGCUGCCAGGAUAUAGAUGAGUGCUCCUUUGAUCGAACCUGUGACCACAUGUGUGUCAACACUCCGGGAAGCUUCCAGUGUCUCUGUCAUCGAGGAUACCUUCUGUAUGGCAUCUCUCAUUGUGGGGAUGUGGACGAAUGCAGCAUCAAUAAGGGGGGCUGCCGCUUUGGCUGCAUCAACACCCCAGGCAGCUAUCAGUGUACCUGCCCGGCAGGCCAGGGCCGCCUCCACUGGAACGGGAAGGAUUGCACAGAGCCAGUGAAAUGCCAGAGUAGUUCUGGAGCCUCAAAAGCCAUGCUCAGCUGCAGUCGCUCGGGCAAGAAGGACACCUGUGCCCUGACCUGCCCCUCCCGGGCCCGGUUCUUACCAGAGUCGGAGAACGGAUUCACAGUGAGCUGCGGUACCCCGAGCCCUAAAGCUGCUGCAGGUCGAGCCAUUCACCCGGGGAACAGCACCAUCUCCAACUCCUGCCAUGAGGCUGCAGUGCUACCAGUCAAGCAGAGGGCCUCCUUUAAGAUCAAGGACGCCAAAUGUCGUCUGCAUCUGCGAAACAAAGGCAAAGCGGAGGAGGCCAGCGGCAGAAUCCCGGGGCCAGGUGGUGCCUCCUGCUCUGACUGCCAGGUCACCUUUAUCCAUCUUAAGUGUGACUCUUCUCGGAAGGGCAAGGGCAGACGGGCCCGGACCCCUCCAGGCAAGGAGGUUACCCGACUUACCCUGGAAUUAGAAGCUGAGGUCAGAGCAGAAGAAACGACAGCUGGCUGUGGGCUGACUUGCCUCCGACAGCGGAUGGAACGAAGGCUGAAAGGGUCCCUGAAGAUGCUCAGAAAGUCCAUCAACCAGGACCGGUUCCUGCUGCGUCUGGCCGGCCUUGACUAUGAGCUAGCCCACAAGCCAGGCCUGGCAGCUGGGGACCGAGCAGAGCUAGUGGAGGUCUGCCGACCCGGGCAGCACCGAGCAGGCACCAAGUGUGUCAGCUGCCCGCAGGGAACGUAUUACCACGGCCAGACGGAGCAGUGUGCGCCAUGCCCAGCGGGCACCUUCCAGGAGAGGGAAGGGCAGCUCUCCUGCGACCUUUGCCCUGGGAGUGAUGCCCACGGGCCUCUUGGAGCCACCAACGUCACCACGUGUGCAGGUCAGUGCCCACCUGGUCAACACUCAGGGGAUGGAUUUAAGCCCUGCCAGCCCUGCCCACGUGGCACCUAUCAGCCCGAAGCAGGACGAACCCUGUGCUUCCCCUGUGGCGGAGGCCUCACUACCAAGCACGAGGGGGCAGUCUCCUUCCAGGACUGUGACACCAAAGUCCAGUGCUCCCCGGGCCACUACUACAACACUAGCAUCCAUCGCUGUAUCCGCUGUGCCGUGGGCUCCUACCAGCCAGACUUCCGCCAGAACUUCUGCACCCGCUGCCCAGGAAAUACAAGCACGGACUUCGAUGGCUCUACCAGUGUGGCCCAGUGCAAGAAUAGGCAGUGUGGCGGGGAGCUGGGUGAGUUCACUGGCUACAUCGAGUCUCCCAACUACCCGGGCAACUACCCAGCUGGUGUGGAGUGCAUCUGGAACAUCAACCCCCCACCCAAGCGCAAGAUCCUCAUUGUGGUCCCUGAAAUCUUCCUGCCGUCCGAGGACGAGUGUGGGGACGUCCUGGUCAUGAGAAAGAACUCCUCCCCAUCCUCCAUCACCACGUAUGAGACCUGCCAGACAUACGAGCGGCCCAUCGCCUUCACCGCCCGGUCCAGGAAACUCUGGAUCAACUUCAAGACCAGCGAGGCCAACAGCGCGCGUGGUUUUCAGAUUCCCUACGUGACCUACGAUGAGGACUAUGAGCAGCUGGUGGAAGAUAUAGUGCGGGAUGGCCGGCUGUACGCCUCUGAGAACCACCAGGAGAUCCUAAAGGAUAAGAAGCUUAUCAAGGCCUUCUUUGAGGUCCUGGCCCACCCCCAAAACUACUUCAAGUACACAGAGAAGCACAAGGAGAUGCUGCCAAAGUCCUUCAUCAAGUUACUGCGCUCCAAGGUCUCCAGCUUCCUGAGGCCUUACAAAUAGUGCCUGUGGGCCCCGAGACCCGGGUUUCAGAGCUCCCACCUCCCUGGCCCUCAGAGCUGGCACCCCGACCUCAGACAACAAACUGCCUUCUCCUCUUGGAGGAGAGAGACCACGACACCAGGCACUCUCCCCUCCUGUCUUUCUAGUUACCUUGUCUUCCUCUGUCUCUCUCCUGGAAAAGUCAUUCAGUGCUGUCUGUUCCCCCCAGGGGUGAAGGAAUAGACACCCUCUACCCUCUGCCAUUAUACUGCGGUGCCUUGCUAGCCAGGAGCCAAAAGAUUCCUCCCUCAGCAGCCCGUGAUCCCCAGAGUGACUCUUCCCAGCCCGGAGUCCUGCCAAAGACGCCUUUGACAUGGCAGGUUCAUCCCGACUGCGCUGCUGGGGUACACUCUGAGCCCUGGGGUGCCCGCACAGUCGGUGUCCUCAUCUGUGGAGCUCCUUGCUCUGCCUGGGGCUGACUCCGUAGGGUUUACAAGUUUCCAUACCGCUGGGCUGGCAAAGCCCUGCCAGGGAAGGGAGAACAGCAGGCAGGGGCCCCAGACACACAAAGCUCUCAGAUAGCUCUGCAGGACAGAAAGCAGCUUUUCAAAACAUUGCCCAAAACAAAGAAAAUGUAUAGCCUAAAGGAGCUCCCUGCAGAACGAGUGGAAGCCAGCCUCAGACACUAACCCUUUCCUUGCCAGCCCGCUGUGCCAGCUGUGCCCUCACCCUACCUGAGGGCCCCCUGGGGAGCCUGCUAAGUGCUGUCCCUAGAGAAACCUGGCUGUUGGCUCUCCAGGUCUGGACCUCGCUCCACAGUUGUUUUUCCCUUGUAGCCCCAGGUGGCUUGUGGGCUCCACCAAAGAGGAUGGGCUCUGCAGUCAGCCUGGAGCUGCCUACCUCUAGCCUCAGGCUGUGGGCAGCAGGAGGAGUGAGUGAGUGCCCUUGGCAAGCCGCCUGCCCACCCUCUCCACAUCUGAGAAGUGCAAUCAUUUUGAGUCUUUCUGUGUCGUCUAGAGGGAGGGGUUUUUGUUUGUUUCUUUUUCCUCUUAGCAUAGCCCUAUUUAUAGCUGCCCAGGAGAGGUGUGUUGGGAGUGGAGGACAGCAGUCUGACUGUCUGCAGCCUUAAGUGCCGGAGCAUCUCAUCUGUCUCUGUCCUAGCUGAGGCCGCCCAGAACUUCAGAGCCCUCGGCUGUGCAAGCCCUCAGAGGCGCCCAAAGCACUGGAGGCCAGCUCCGUGAAGUGAUGGGGCAGGAGGCUUCCUGCCUGAGCUGAUGCUGCCUUCCUUGUGUCUCUCUCUGUGGAUUCACGGUCACAGAUGCAGAUGGAACUGGUCAGGAAUCUUCUGCGAGUAGGGACAACCUCUGUCUUCCUGCUUCAUGCUCUCUCCUGACAUACCAUGGAAGAGCAUCAGGAUGGCCAGCGAAAGCUCCCAGGACGUCCAGAGGCUGGAGCAGCCUGAACUUGGACAGUUAGCCAUGUAUGAAGCUGGUGAAGGAACAAGAAGCAGACACUGUGCCUGACACUGGCCGCCUGCCUCCUGGAGCUGACUCAAGCCUGUUUCGACUACUGUUUCAAAAGGAAGAAUGGCGUCUGUGCCCGGGCCCAGGCUCUACCCAUGCUCUACCCUUAACCCAGUUGCUGCCUGUAAAGUCUCCAAUCGUUCCUUCUCC